GAAAUUGAUAAUUUAUCUUAUCUUGUUUAGAUUCUUCGUUGUACGAUUCUUUCAUCGCACAGACAUCGUGCUACCUCUGACACAUAAUUUGGCAUCGUAACAGUCGAGAAAUCAUUUUCACGGCAACCUAUAAGGCUCUGUUGUUUCUCGAGUUAUCUUGACCACUACGUACAGAUAUUCAUACCAAGUCAUGGCAUUUAUUCUCAUAAAGUCAUAUAUCACACAUUAUCACCAUGCCAUUAUGCGUAAAGUGUAAGAGGUUUCGCACUUGGAUCACUUCCAAGACUAUAAUCCAAGCUUCAAAGCCUCAGAAUCAGUCAAGCUGGCCCAUCUCAUGGAAUGGAUGGGAACCCCAUUUGCAUCAUCAUGAAAAUUUAGGAAGCCUCUAGCUUUUUGCUGAUAAGAGCUGCCGGUUAUGCCAGAUGUUGUUGAAAUUUCUGAACGGCGAUCAUUACUUGAAUCUGGAGUCCUGACGCAAGUUCUCACUAGAGAAUUCCCAUGAUUUGUAUUUUAGCUUCAAGCUUCUUCGUGGGCGAAAUGAAAUGGUGAUGUAUGGGGUGCUCUGUUUACAACUCUACGUGCAGGGAUAUAAACACAGAAUCUUGCCUUUAAAACAUCACCAAGCACCAGAUCCAUUGGCAUCAAGACAGCUAACAUGGCAAGAGAAUGGCUCAGAGAAUGUUCAGAAAAUCAUGAUGGAUGUCGCGUACGAUUCAACUCGAAGAGCCUCCCAUCGAGGCUGAUCGACGUUGGGCAUCCCGAUCAAAGUGGUGAUUUUAGUGUGUCACAUCUUAUAGACACCCAUGGAUCUUUGCCUUCCGACGUUAAAACUGGGAUGGAUUGGCAGUACGUCACUUUGAGCCGUUGCUGGGGUAAAUCGACGCACUUAUCAACUAAGAAAGAUACUUUGAAUGAAAGGAAACACGCAAUCCCGCUUAACAGUUUGAACAAGACAUAUGCAGACGCUGUACGCGUAACUAGAGAGGUACAAAUGCGAUAUUUGUGGAUCGAUUCGCUUUGUAUUAUUCAGGACUUCGAUGAAGAUUGGAUCGAAGAAUCGUCCAAAAUGUGCUUCGUCUACAAUAACGCUAAAUUCAACAUCGCCGCUGCGGCAGCGCUUGACGGAAAUAGCGGUUUCUUGCUCGAGAGAUUGAGUGUUAAACUUGGUCAUGUUAUUCGCACAGAGAAAAAGACAACGGAGAGGUCUUUGUGGAUUCAACCAUCUAUUAAAACCGGACAUGCAACGGGAGAAGAGGGUAUUUCUCUACCAUGUCCACUUUUUGGUAGGGCCUGGGUACUUCAAGAAAGUAUUUUGGCGGCUCGGACGCUUAUAUACUCACCUGUUGGUAUGCACUUCCGAUUUCGCAUGAGCCAAAGAUCUGACGAAGACCCAGCGAAAGAUGCAGGCAACCUUGAUAUCUUUGUUAGUAGUAAGCUAGCUACCUUUCCUUACCUAGCUCUGGAUAAAGGGCAACAACGAUUCUAUUCACCCCGAGAAAUAGACAUCUGGUAUCAACUAUUAGAAAUAUAUUCAGGAAAGCAAAUAUUGCACAGAAAAGACAAGCUCCCAGCAGUUUCUGGUUUGGCGUAUCAGCUCGGAUCAAUCAUAGGAGAUUCGUAUCUUGCAGGCCUUUGGGCCCGCGAUUUUCCACAAGCCUUAUUAUGCUGGCUGCCUUAUAGAGCUAGCUGUGGAUGUGUUCGUCGCUCCACGAUGACGGCUGACUCUAUAUAUGACGCCCCUUCAUGGUCAUGGGUAUCGUGUUGUACCCUCUUCAACUAUGCUCCAGCGGCUUUCAAGGGCACUGAACUGCUCACACAAGAUAUACCACUUGGUGAUUACUCUUUUCCAGGUUCCGAGAAUACAGAUAUUCUAUGGGAUGCAAUGUUGGUAGGCGCCCACAUAGACUUUGUUUCCAAUCGCUAUGGGCCAGUGAGAAGUGGAUCAGUCACUAUCAAAGGUCAUCUUCUCAAAAUUGAUAUUUCUUGCUUCGUAAGUCCAUUUCGAGAAAAUGUCGCAAUUUACAACGAGUUGGUAUUAGGGACGUUUUACGCCGAUGCAAAAUUGGACGUAAAAAAAAGUAUUGGGCUCUUCUAUUAGGAUAUGAGCGUCGCAAUACCACCUUAAAUUCUUGGAUUUCAGCGAAACAACAAACUUUGGUGCUAUUGAAACA